AUGUCGCGGUGCACUUGCACGGUACCUGGCCUUAUCUGCCUUGGCCGCUUGGCCACACGUUGUCACGGGUCGCGUGACGAAUGUCGGAGCAAUUUGCCUGGACAGACAGUUGUGAAAGGUGAGAAAGGAAACAUGAGAAAGAUGAGUAGUCGCGGCGGUAAAUUAGCCCCAGAAGUCAAUCGAGCUCUGUUCGUAAAGAACUUGAGUUACAACGUCACUCCGGAAGAGUUGUUCGACCUUUUCGGAAAAUUUGGCCCAAUUCGCCAGGUUCGACAGGGUAUCGCCAACAACACCAAGGGUACUGCCUUCGUUGUCUAUGAAGACGUAGCCGACGCCAAGCAAGCCUGCGACAAGCUCAACGGCUUCAAUUUUCAAAACCGAUACCUCGUUGGUGCGUCCACCUCGUCACCCUUGCGUCACAAUGGUUCAUUUUUCGAUGACUGCGUUGGACUUCUAUACCACCAGCCCGACAAGAUGGCCAAGUCAAAAGAGGACCUCGAAGCCCGCCGGGAAUCUUUAGCUCAGCUCAAGCAACAGCAUGGCAUCGAUUGA